AUGCCGUGGCGGCAAAGGUUUUCUGCCUGGGGAGCGCGUCGAUCGGGAUCGAUCGAUCCCAGAGCGGGGGUCUCUACAGGCUCUGUUGUGAGCACAGGUUCUUUGGCGCCUGAAAUCAAGCACGAGCCCUCACGAAACAAAGUGCAUCUCAAACAUCUCUUUCCGCAGAAAGGCGGAUUAGACUGCAAUUCUGAGCCGCUUCCACGGGCGCUGAAGGAACUUCGGCGAGGUCACCACCUACUCCCACCCACAACACGACAGUUGGCAGAGGGGGGCUUGAGAUGCUCGAGACUUUUGCGGCGACAGAGUCAUUUACUGAGAGUGCGGUCAGAUUCUGCGGAGCUUCAAGCGACCUGCGCUCCAACCCCAUUGCGGUGGUUCGCUCUCUUGUCGGCGGAUUUGCGUGGUUCUCCCCUCGAUGAAGUGUGGUGCUUGCCUGAUUGUUUUAGAGCAAAAGCCACUGCCAGCAACCCCUCGAACUACGUGUGCAGAUACAGAGUUCUCCAACAGCGAGAACAGCAAGUACACCCACAGGGCGCUUCGACGCCAGCCAGUCUGGCAGUCUGUCAGUUCCAGUCCAUCUUACAGACCAUGGAAGGCGUAGUAAUACGUUUACACUCGGCAUUCCCCGCGCUCUUCCAGUUGAAGCAGCAGCAGCAGCAGCAGCAGCAGCAGCCUAUAACUGAAACUCAACAAGAUAACACAAGAAAAACUUAUUUGGAGGGGCAAUGGGCUCAAUCAGGUGCUCCCGCAAAGCGAGCAGCUCCCUCUGUGUGUGCAGUCACGUGUGGCUUGUGCCAAUGCUUGCGAAUGCUUUUCCAGCAAGGCCUAAAGGGUACCUCCAAUCCUGCUGCAGCGCCGUUGAAACUUGCGAUACAGCAGCGUCCACUGCGCAAGUCUCAGCAGCAGCAACUGCAGCAACUGCAGCAGCAACUGCAGCAACAGCAGCAGCAUUGGACGUCGCAGUGGCACCCAAGACGGCUGGAGAGCCUCGCGUCUCAGGGACAGCAGCAACAGCAGCAGCAACAGCAGCAACAAAAACAGCAGCAGGAGCAGAAGCAGGAGCAGAAGCAGCAACAGGAGGAACAAUAGCACGAGCAGCAGCAGCAGCGGCAGAAGCAGAAGCAGCAGCGGCAGCGGCAAGAGCAGAAGCAGCACCAACAGCGGCAG